AUGGCCAUGGAAUGCUUCCAUUGCGCUGAGGCCUUGUCACCUAUCCAGAGCGGCUCUACAAAGGGAGAGCCCCGCCGGAAACGCUGGGCGGACUUGGACUCAGAUGAUGAGGAUGGAAUCUCGCACUGGGUGUCAGCGCAGCAGGGCCAACAUGAAGCACCAGAGACCUCGGCCCCUGCUGCGUGUCGGUUGCUGCGGUGGGAUCCUUUGGGCAUCUCGCAGCAGCCCCCCAUCUCGGAUGUUUCACAAGGGGUCUCAGACAUCGCGACCGGCAAAGAUGGCGAAGACAGCCAAGAUGAUGCUCCAGGGCUUCCGGACUAUGACAAAUGGUCUUCGAGCACCCGGGCCGUGUCCUGGGAGAACGGAUCGGAGACGGAUUUUAUCGAGGACAUGUCGCCUCCGGGAGCCUCCAGCCCUUCGGCACAGCCCGGUUCGAGCCCUCGUGUUCUUCUCUCCACGGUGCCGAAAGCUGGAACGCCGCAGCAAAAGGCACCAGCGGCACCAGCUGCCCCUGUCGCCCUGGCGCAGGCACCGCUUGAAACCUUUGUGCAUCCGGGAAUGACGACCCCUGCCAUGUUUGUGCCGGUGCCGGCGCCAUCGUUUGCAGUUCCGAUGGUUUUUCCACCAAUGCACAACUAUCCCGGCUACCCCAUGCUGCUGCAGGGUCCAGCCCCGCAAGCAUGGAGUGGUCUGGACAAGCAGAUCCAGGCUCAAGGCUUCUCGCCGCUUGGAAGACCUCCUUUUGGUCGCCAGCAUCGGUUUCACAAGAAAAGCAAUAGCAUGGGGGAGUUGGAAGCCGAUGGCCGCACCUUCACACACGGCAACAACAAGGGCCGUCUCAGCAUCAUCUGCGAGCGCCGGAUCCACUUUCAGGGCGUCGAGCGCUAUGCUGUGCAGUUCGUAGACGGCGAACUCUGCAGCGCGGAUGGCGUUGGCUACGUCAUCAGCUGCGAUCUCCCCUGCACGAAGAACAUUCAGAAGAUCUUCUCGGUCUUCGCAAAUCGGACCGGUCGAAUCUGCAUCCGCAUGCACGAGGAAGUGGAAAGGUGCUCGCAGCAAGUACGGCAGCUCGAGGUCGGGGACUGGCUGGAGGUCACCGCCGACUUAUGGUCUCAGACUGUGAGUUUUGCUGUUUGGCCCAAAGAUGGCUCCGAACCCUCCUGUGCUACGGUCUCCUUCCAGGAGGCCUUCAGGAAUUGCAGUGGCCGUCUCAACGGCCUGCCGCGGAAGCCGUGUGGCUAUCUGGCGGCCGUGAUCAAGCAUCCAGGGGUCCGUGUUGCCUUUGGAUCCUAG